GUUUUAGAAAAACACAGAGGAUUUGCUUUCAUCGAGUUUGAACUUCUGGAGGAUUCUGCAGCUGCUGUGGAUAACAUGAAUGAAUCUGAACUGUUUGGCAGAACAAUCAGAGUGAACAUAGCUAAGCCAAUGAAAAUCAAGGAUGGAGCGUCAAGAGCAGUUUGGUCAGAGGACACCUGGCUACAGAAGCAUGCUGGUGAAACAUUGGAUGACAAAAUAGAUGGAGAGGGCGAGGAAGAAGGCAAGGAAAAUGGUGUUACUGGUGUGAAGAGGGCUGCGGAGGACACAGACACGACAACUGCAUCAGCACCUAAGAGGAGCAAAGGGAAUCCACAGGUUUACUUAGAUAUCAAAGUUGGCAGUCGGACGUCUGGACGGGUGGUAAUAGAACUUCGGGCAGACGUCGUUCCUAAAACUGCAGAGAACUUCCGAUGCCUCUGCACACAUGAGAAAGGAUUUGGUUUCAAAGGCAGCAGUUUCCACAGAGUUAUCCCCCAGUUUAUGUGUCAAGGAGGAGAUUUCACCAACCACAACGGUACUGGGGGCAAGUCCAUAUAUGGGCGCAAGUUUGAAGACGAAAAUUUCAUCUUAAAACAUACAGCAUCAGGUACUAUGUCAAUGGCUAACUCGGGUCCCAAUAGCAAUGGAUCACAGUUCUUCAUUUGUACUGAAAAAACAGAUUGGCUGGAUGGUAAACACGUGGUGUUUGGCAGGGUGAUAGAAGGCUACGAGAUCGUGAGGAAAAUGGAGGCAUGUGGAACAAAAUCUGGGAAACCAACUGACAAAAUUUCUAUUACAAACUGUGGGGAACUAGUAUGACAUGGCUCCCUGACUUAAUAUAGAGAUAGCACCAGUGAGAAGUUACCACGGUAACCCGACUAUGACAGAGUACACCUAAACAAACCUGUCUGUACCUAAUCAUGUGACAGAAAAUUGGCAAGGAUGCUAAAUGGUGUGUCAGGGCCUUCUGGAAUCUGUGACAGCUUCAAGCUAUCAUGUUUGCUCGUGACCUUUGACCUGUUUUGAGUGUUUCAGUAAAAGUGCCUGACCUGUUUUGAGUGUUUCAGUAAGAGUACUCAACCUGUUACAGUAUAGUACUACUGGUGGAUGUCUGUACACCUGGUGUGCACUGCUGUGUAGUGACAGAGAACAAAACAAGCUCCAAGCAUGAUUAGUUCAAACGAAUAACAGGUUCUGUAUAACAAUAUGGGGAUUUUGUAAUUCAUAUACCAACACUUUAUUCUGUUUUAAUGUCUUGUUCUUUGAGGUCAGAUUUGAUACCCGAUAUAUAUAAUGAUAAAUAUGUUUUAUUACAAACUUUUAAAGUCUUGUUAAAUUGCCAGAACAGCUGAAGUAGGAGUGCCGUGAAAGAUGUCUGGUACUACAGAGGGCAGGGACUUUUAUAGAAAGAACAGUAAAAUAAACUGUAUAUGAACAGCUGUUUUCAAUGUAUACAGGUCAGAUUUAUGUUAUAGAUCAACACUUGCUUGUUAACUAAAUAAAUGAUGUUACAUUGUAUGAAUUUUAUAAAUAAAUGCAGAUUUUGAGA